AAGCAGUUUACAAUAAAGUUAACAAGCUGUUACAAUUUUCCCAGCUCUCAGGAUGAGCACACUCAUGCCCAGUUUCUGCAGGCUCAUCCUUGAUGUGGGAAAUUUUCUCAACUAUGGAAGUCACACUGGGAACGCAGAGGGGUUCAAAAUCAGCUCUCUGCUCAAGCUUACAGAAACCAAGGCCAACAAGAGCCGCAUUACACUGCUUCAUCACAUCCUGGAGGAAGCAGAGGCGAACCACCCGGAUCUGUUGGCACUGCCAGAUGAUAUCGAGAUCUGUGAAAAAGCAGCAGGAGUGAGUCUGGACUCUGUUCAGUCAGAAGCCAAUGCCUUACUAAAACGGCUGAAUGAGACAGCCAAGAAAGUCUCCAACUCUGUGGAGGAGGUGAAGGAGCAAUAUGAAAAAGUGCUUGAGGAAAAUCUGGAAGCAUGUCGAGCUUUGACUGAAAGGUUCGCUGACAUUGACAAGAAGAGGAGUGAACUGGCAGUCUACUUAUGUGAAGAUGCUAAUAAGCUUUCGCUUGAGGAACUCUUCGGAACCAUCAGGACUUUCCGAGGACUUUUUAUCAAGGCAAUAAAGGAAAAUAAAACCAGAAAAGAGCAGGCAGCCAAGGCUGAGAAGAGAAAGAAGCAGCUGGCAGAGGAAGAGUCCAAGAGACAGAAGGGAGAGAAUGGAAAAAUAAUCAAGAAAGGCUUUGUGCCACAGAGCGAAGGCUGCAUCAUCGACCACCUCCUGGCAGAUAUCAGAAAAGGUUUCAGCCUAAGAAAGACCAGGCCCAGGUGCGAUUUGGAAAGUCUCCCUUCAGGUGAAAUGCAUAGGGAUACCUGCCCACCUGGAUCAAGUGUCAAGCCUGUAGGCGAAGAUGCCGUAGAAGCAGCCACCAUUUCCGCUCCCACCAAAUCUCAGACAGAGGGUCACCAGCCCAGCACAGGCAAGGUGAACGGCCUCAUCAGUCCACCAGAAGAAACUCUGUCAACACCUCAGACAGUGGUGCAAGACGGACCCCAAACGCCUCCAAAUGCAGCCCCAGGAGAACCAGCCACAACGACACUGCCACUCCUGGAAAGACCUGCAUCACUGCAGGAGGAGAAACAGCCGAAGAACCCUGCAUCAUCCCCAGAUAUGAUGCAACCUAACCCUCAGGCGGAAGGAGAACAUCAACCAUGUCUCCCCACAAAUGGCUUUUCAGUAGAUUCAACUGAGACCAGCGUCCUCAGCCCAUCCUCCCUCACAGAUUCUGACCUACUAGAGGCUGUGUUGGAUGGCACUUCCAGCCUAGUACCUGAGAAGUUGAUUCCUGAGGAGCCAGUGGACAUUAAUGUAAGAGUUCAGCUCACAGAAAGCCCUGCUCCUGAUAUAGACAUUAAUGUUACAGAGAGUAGUAAAAGCAAUAUAAUGGGAGGUGGGAAAGUUGAAACUACUAAUAAAAUAAGCCAUUCAAAAGACACUGUUGGUCUAGAUGUGAAAGAAUGCAUUAGUCCAAGAACGGCUGACGAAGAUGAGGUUGUGAGUUGCAAACAUUCUGACCCUAAAAGCAAUAAGAAAACACUCAGUGAGGAAAUCCAGGCAUUUGACGUCCCAGAUGGACUGGAGUCACAUGAUCAGCCAUCAGUCUCUGAGGCAGAGCCUCCAUCCCUUAAGCCCGAACCAAAGAAACAGCAGAGCCUCUUUAAACGAAACAAAAGGAAGAGUAACCAAGGUAACAGUGGAAAAGGACACACUAAACAUAAAAAAGGCUGUGUGUUGCAGUGAGGUAGGUCAAUCAAUGGGAUGGCAAACUGUAAGCAGGAGUGUCAUCAUACUGAACUCAAUCACCAUCAAAGCUUUGUUCCAAAUAACUUUUCAUUUGUUGGUCUAACUGGAAUCUGGGUUUCAUUUGUCUGUGUUGUCCAGCUUUUAACAUGCCCUAUGUCUAACAAUUUUCCAAAUCAAUGGUGGCUAAAACCUUAACAUUUGAUGCGGUGCAUAUUUGUCUUGGGAUGAUUCUAAUGUCUAUUAAACAAUUAAUUCGCCCUAAUUUAAUCGAUCUUUAAGAAAACUAACGCUACACUGAUCUUAAGCAGCCCUGCAGUAUGUGAAGCCAUCGUGACAUCAUCGUGGACUGAGUUAUUUCAUGAAAGCUGUCACUUUUGUGUCUCUCUUUCCAUAUUUUCUUGUCCAUUCCCCAAAUCUGCAACUGGGGCUGUUUUUUUUGUUUGUUUGUUUUUUAAAAGAAUUUUAAAAGUCUUGUGUGCUUCCUGUAAA